GAGAUCGUGCCGAAGACAAGACGAUCAGGAGAGGAAGAGAGCAGUGCAGAGCAGUCAAGUGAAGCAUAAAAGCCCAGGCAGAGAUGCACAGAUCUUUCGUAAUGUGAGAAGACAAGACUUUCUGAUGGAAUCAAGCAUCUACUGCAUCCGCGUAUCGAAAUUUAGUGGUAGCAGAAAGUAGCAAUAUCACGUCAUUUGCGUUUCAAAUCAGGGUAUCGGAACUCUGCCCCGAGGAGGCAGCUGGGGAAAUUAAAAUUCGAAAGUUUUAAGAAUGAACGGUGCUCGUGGAAUGAUGCCUCCAUCUCAGACAGCACCUAUCCCACCUGGUCUUCAAGGAAUUUACAGCAUACUUAGGAGAAUAUAUCCAGAUCAGCCAAAUCCUUUACAAGUAACUGCCUUGCGAAAGUACUGGCUUAAUGGACCUGAUCCAUUGGAUUACAUUACAAUGUUUGCCAAUCCUGGGAAUCCAAAUGAAGGAGUUCCCCCUCAUUGGCAUUAUGUCAGUUGUGGUUUGUCAGACCUUCAUGGUGAUGGCAGAGUCCAUGAUGUCACUGGGGAUGAUGGGCCAAGCGGUUUUGGAUUUGAACUUACAUUUAGGCUGAAAAGAAGCCCCAGUGAUUCAUCUCCUCCAACUUGGCCUGCAGAACUGAUGCAAAACUUAGCUAGAUAUGUUUUUCAUUCUGAAAAUAACUUAUGCAGUGGUGAUCAUGUUUCAUGGCAUAAUGCUUUAGAUGGGAGCAACCAGUUCAUCCAGCAGAUGUUGAUGGCAGAUGAUCCCCACAUCCCUCAAAUAAACACCCCCUUUGGAUAUGUUGAUUUUGUCCAGAUCAUUGGUGUUUGCAAUCAGGAACUGCAGGCAGCCCAGCAUUGGAAUGGACCAGCAGUACUUGAACUUAUGAGGUCAAUGCCAGAUACUGGAGGUGCGUGGCUAGUCACAGACAUGGAGAGGACUAAAAGCAUAUUUGAGACAAAUUCCUCCCUGCAGCAAAGGGUUGAAGAGGGAAUAUCUAGAGAGGGCUCGAAUUUGAGUGGAGUCAGUGCAAAGUGUUGGUGGGCUAGUUGCAGUCAGGAGUCAAUAUACAAAGCAGGAAGCAGAAUUGAAAAUGGGACCUUUACUGAACCGGAAUCAAGACCCACAAGCACAACAAAAUCAACAAGGAUAACGGAUCCAUCUUUUGGGAGAGAAGACUCCGAACUGGGAGACGGGCCUGACAGCAGACUAUCCAAUUACAGCACAGUGAGUGAACUUGUCAGGGCAAAACAACUUGAGGCUGUGCAACUGCGAUUUAACCUUGAGGCUGCUUCGUUGCUCCCUCUUGUUUUAAGAGGUCGGCUUGCCCAUGGUCGUCAUUUCACGUUCAAAAGCAUUAUAACAGACUCUGCAAUCACUCUUGUGUCUAGUGAUGUAACAGGAACAAGCGUUGAUGAACAGUGCCCGUAUGCUGCUUGUGGAACGUGGCUGCAGGUAUUGAUACCAGACGACUUUAUGGAUCUCCUAAUUAGAGAUUUAGAUGACCUCACCAGGCCCGAGGAGGUACGAUUGCCAAAACAGUACGUGUGGCCAGGAAGGAACAUGAUGAUAACAGUCGUUGAUGAGGCGGAAUAAUUUAUUAGUUCUGUAAGUAAUAUACCUAAUCAAAAUAUAUUCAUUUGGAAAACGAUGUUUUCAUUAUUAAUGUAGAUUUCAGUCUUAGUUUCGUAGCAAUUGGUUGUGAAUUUUUAUAGAUAUAUUUCAAUUAUUUAGAAUACUUUGGUCAGUUAAAAAGUUAGUGUUUGUUUUUCGUAAUAUUUGAGGGUAAAGUGUCAUUUGAUGUUGUCCAUCAAGUAUAUGAUAUUUUCUUUCCGAAGGAUUAUUAAGGACUCUUCUCAAAGUAACCUUCGGGUCUCCCUUUUCAACUUGCUAUAGGAGCUUUUAGCUGUAUCUUACUGUGGUAAGACCUUGUCGCUCUGGUCCCCUUGGUGCAUGCAGCUCAACAGACAAGUCAAGAUUUUUCUGUUCAUUGGUAAAGACUUCAUAAAGGGCUAUCUACCCGUGAUUUUUUGGUUAUGCUGUGCAUGUUUGGUCUUCUACUCUCGAAUCCUUUGAUGAAAUAAAAGUGAUUUCUCUCGACAUUUCUGAUCUCUUCAGACCCUUGAUAAUGUCUUGCACAAAGACCGUCUUUAUGAACUCCCCUUGUAUGAUCUGUGCCAUACCUUAUCAAUUUGAUUGGCAGCUUUCUCUGUGAUUGGUAGAUUGUCAGUAGAAUCGAUGGCGACUACAGUCCUCACUCAAGUGAUAGUGGUGUUCCACAUGGGGUCUCUGAUCUCUCCUGUUUGAUCCAUCCUUUUCAUCUUUUCGACCCCUCUGCCUUUGCAAGUAUUUGUUCUGUCGAUAACACAUAUGUAGACAUCUUGAAUCAAGCAUGAGCUAACACUAACAGUUAUAGCAGCAGAUAACUUUUUUUAUUAAAGCCUAAACAGAAAGUGAAUAUUUUAGGUACUCAUAGUUCUAUCGUUUUGUAGAUAUUGCAAAAAAGUUAGCUGUGCGCUGGUAUUACAAAAAAUAUCUUGUAUUUAACCUUUACUAUACAGCUUUGUAAUAGAAUAUCGAUUGUUUUUUUGUCCUUUUAUUGGUUGAGCUAUUGAAAUCAAAUUCGAUUAUAUAAG